CAUGAAAUUUUUUAAUUUAUUAGACUUUUUUAGAUUUUAUUAUGGAAUUUUUAGAUGAUAUUUCUUACGAGGCUUUUACACUUUUUUGAUUUAAAUUGUCUCUUGACCAUAUCAUUAGGAUAACUCAUCAUCAGUAACCAAACCAAAACCCACAAAGAACAAAACUGAAAAGAAAAAUGGAAGUAGCAUCCUUGCUUCCAAGGCCAAAAUUAUCAACGAAUCUAACUUGGUCUAGAACUCAAAUCAAUUCAACUGUCAAACCACUACACCAACCAAUUGGGAGCAACAAAGAGAGUCUUGAAUCCACUACACCAACCAUGGCGGAAAUCCUAGAGGUCUCACGAGCCCAAAAACUGGACCUUCGACUACAAACUCUAGGACCCUUUUUCAGAAUCACAGCCAAGAGCUUAGAAACGAAUAAUGAGCUAGGUAGAGCAGAAGGAAUCAUAAGGGUGUGGCUGGGAGGGAGAGUUCUUCACUUGGAUUCCAUUAGACUCCGAAAAGAGACUCUGGGAAUGGAGAAGUCAAUCUUUGGAAUUGGUCUGUUCAUUGGAGCUGUUGCCAUUCGAUAUGGGUAUGACUGUGGUUGUAGGACGGCUGAGUUGCUGGCUAUCAAUGAUUCUGAGCUUUACCACCAAAAGCUUGUGAAAUUCUACAGAAGAAUCGGUUUCAAAGUGGUGCGUGAAGUGAGUGGUUCGACAUUGGGUGACUUUGGCCACAUGUUGGUGUGGGGUGGAGUUGGGACCCGAAUGGAUGCCCUUAUCGAAGAGCUUCUUGUGAAAUGGUGCACCAGGUUCAAGCCACUCAAGUCUGAUGGCAAAGCACCCACCUAGUAAAAAAAAAACUACCGAAUUGUCUAAUAAAAUUUGUAACAUUGUAUUCUCUAUCCUCUCUUUUUGAUUGUGUUUAUAUUACUAGUUAUUCUAGAUAAAUAUUUUUAUUAUGAAAUAUUUUUUUCAAAAAAUCAUGUAAAAUGGAUAAUAUAUUGUCUCCAUUCAUCUCU